GUAAAACUUAUAAGCAUUAGCAUCAACUCCCUUCCCCGCUUCCAAUUUUAACUGUUUUGUGCCGUCAAAGUAGAAUAUAUUAAUUGUGUAUCUUAUAUAAAUCUUUAUUCUUUGGAAUUUGCUAUUUUCUCUUUCUUCUUUUAACAUCUUAAUGACAACAGGUGCAGGAAAAUAUGUCACAGUUCGAUUGGGAGGUGGGUGUCCUUGGGGAUUUCGUCUACAAGGUGGCGAAGGAACCGGUAAAACCCUUACGGUCGCCAAGGUUCGUACAAAAAGUAAAUCUUUCGGUAAAUUGCAAGUUGGUGAUGUUAUUGUCCGAUGCAACGAUCAACCAUGCAAUCGUCUCACAUACGAUGAAGUAAUGAUUUUAGCAGAUAAAGGAAGCCCAAAUUUAGUCUUGCUAAUUUACAGAACAGAAAAAGCUAAUCAGGCAUUUGAAUCCAAGAAAAUUUCUGAUGUUCAAUCAGAUGAUAGCUACAAGAGAUCCAGAGAAGAAGAUUUCACAACAGAAUAUCGUUCCAAGAUUACUAAACAGUCAGAAGUUUUCAAAGUAAAGCCAGUUUCUUUAUUGCCUCGCCUCCCAAAGCCUUUUUUGAAAAUGUCUGAGAAAGAAGAAAUAGAGACAGAACAAUUAAAUACUGAAGAAUCUAUGGAUACAGGAGAAUCACAGGUAAAUGGAUAUCCUGAAGAUCAGAAAUCUGACGUGGUAAUUGAUGAAGAAAAAAUUGAAGAAGUUGAAAAAGCUGAAGUAUCAGAAACCGAAGUGAAAGAAGUAGAAGAAACAUUACAAAAUUCAAUAGAUCAACAACAAUCAGAUGAAUCUAUUUCAGAACUGGAACCAGAAUCAGAAAGUAGUUGUCAAAAACUUGAGGAUAUAAAUGAUUCUAAUAAGGAAAACGUGAUCGAGCAAGAAAAACAAACUGUUGAUGGUGAUUUAGAAACCAAAACAGAAAUUUAUAAUGACAUUGGUCAGACAAUUAAUGUCUCUGAAUUCGAACAGCACGCUGUCGUUAAUCACAGUGUGACAGAAACGAUGAUGUCAAGUGUAAGUGUAGCAUCGACGGUUAUGACAUCAUCUGACUCCGAACAGGACCAACCUUUACUCGGGAUGAAUUCUACAUUCACUGAGGGGAAAAGGGACAUACAUCAGUUAAAUAGAAAGAUAUAUCAACCGCCGUCUGACUACAACAUGGAAAUUUCAAUUCCGAGAAAAAAAAAAAUGUUUUCUUCCUCGAGUUUUUACGAGGAACCGAAUGCUAUCUAUCCAACGGUAGAAGAACAAGUAGAAUUAUGUAGAAAGAUCGCAGAUUCGCUGUCAUCUGAUAAAAAUAAGAAAUCACGUGGCGCCAAUAUGUUUUUCAGAAGGGUGACUAAAUCUGAAAAAUGGAUCCACGAAGGGCCGGAUCCGAUUAGUUCGGAUAGCGAUUCAUAUUUUGAUGCCAACGACGUUUCUACCCCAGAUCCAAACAAAUAUCCAUUUGUUAAAGUAAGCAAAGGCCCUCCAAAAUUAAAACUUAUCCUGGAUCCUCGCCAACUUCAGGAUAUGGUCAAACUACGUUCUUCUGGCCAGAAUAUCAACGAACACAAUGUGGUCAGUCCGGAUAUUUGUUUGGGAAUAGUUAAAGAUUUAAAUUCUCCCACUGGAAAAGGAGCCAUGCUCUUUGCUAAACGAAAGAAAAAAUCAGAAGAAUGGGUAGUAGACGAGGAAAAGGUCAAAUCUCAUUUAAAAUCGGAUUACGAUUACCGAUAUCAGAAACAAGAAAGUGUGCAGAAUCAAAGACUGAAAAUGAUCAAAAGCCCGUGGGCAGCAGCUAUGGAAUCACCUAUUGGAAGCUGUGAUGCUGCUUUCGUGGAUGUACAUCCCGAUAGAGUUGCAGAGACUGUAAUAAAAGCUGCAGAAGAAAAGACUAAAAUUGAUACCUCAAAACCAUUAUUUCCAGUCAAAUUACCAACAUCUGAACCCAAAAUUCAGAAGCAGGUAACGAAACCUCAGUCUUCUUCCAAAGUUGAUCCUUAUAGGCCACGUGCUCCAAGAGGUUGGAGUGGGACAUUUGACGCGUCAUCACUCUUCACAAGAACAGAAUUACCACCGGCACCUCUGCCUAUAAUUCCUUCUACAGAGCUAAGCCAAGAGAAACAAGCACCAAAGUACAAAUUUAACAAUUUCAACAACACGGCGAAGGCUUGGACUGGAAGCUCCGAAUCCACGUUUAACUUCAAAACGGUCAAACCUCCUUCCUUAUUAAUCAAGUGAUAAUAAAAUUAAAACUUCUGCUACAUUCCUGUUUGCUUUUGCUGGAAUAAUAUUUCUCCGUACAUCGUAACCGUAACGCAGCAAAUGCAAUAUGGAAGGUAGCCGAGAAUAUAUAAGUAAUCCAUUCGAAUUUAUACUUUUUACUAUUGAACGAUGUAUAUCGGGAGAAGUACGAUUUUUCCAUUCUCGUUCGCUUGUAAUCACACCGAAAUACGUCAUAAUAUCAAUAGCGCUUGUACAUAAAAAAAGUGAAUUUUUAUUUAUGAGCUAGCAUUAAAACAUUGCAAAAAUUUAGUACACAAUAGAAAGCGUGGCCGAUAAAAACCCGUAAAAUCUGUGAUUUUUCUCUUUCCAUAUAUUUUUAUCCUCAAUGGAAUUUUCUUCUCUUUUUCCAUAAAUUAUAUUUUGUUGCAACUUUUAUACGUGUCGACCGUUUAUUUUGAAAUUUACGAAACAACCCCAUUUCAACGAAUAGCUUAAAUCACAAAGCUUUGAAUAAUUUAAUUAAUGUGAUAUCCCUUUUUUAAGAAAGAAUUUUCUAGUCAUUUAGAUUGGUGAUGUACAGAACAAUUAUCUUCCCAAAAUGGUUUUGUCUGCGAUUGGAUACUGUACAGUUUGCAAUUUGACAAAACUCGAGAGAGGAUUGUUCUCUCUAUGGACGAAAUCGGAUGUAUUAUCAAAUAAAAUAAAAACAUUUUGAAAAACAAUUUUAAUACUUA